AUGGUGCACUCGCACAAUGGUCGUGAAGGAUCGGGAUCGCCCUCGAGGAAGCGCUCGAGGUCGCCGGCCAGCGAGCACUCUCCGGACGCUCCAGGGAACAAGCGACGCUCACUCACGCCGCCGGACAGCGCAGACGCUAGUCGUGAUCGAUGGGCCACUGACUUCACUCGUCUUCCCCCUCGACAUCUUCGCAGGCUCUUCUCGUCGUUCACAGCGGCAGCCACCACCUUCCAACCCCUGUCCGCCCUUGCUUACCCCGAAACCCCCUUACCCGAUUUAGACUUGUCCACCCAUUUUCCCGCUCUGAAGUCUGGUCCAUCCUCACUGUCUGUCCGUGCCCCGAACGCAACUCAAGAUCCAUCGGAUAGAUUUGGGCUCGCCACAGUGCCAAACUCAACGCAGUUCACCACAGAUCCUCAGCACCAGCGCCCGUCCCGCUCGCCGUCAUCAAACAGCUCAUGCCAACGAGGCCCCACUUCACAGCGCAGCUCCACCUCAUCAGAGGAAAUUCCUCAGGCUCAGCCUCGUCCCUGGCUGUGGCCGGACCCUGCAGACUACCCAAAUUACUCUGAAGGAUCGCUGGGCGGCGCUGCAGCGAACACAUCAAGUGCAAAUUCAUCCUCUUCGCGGUCCCCUGCGCCAGGCGUGCGGUCGCAGCCAGCAGCUCUGCCACUGGCAUAUCCAGCAUCUCGUGGCCACGGUGGCUCAGAUCACAUGUCCGCUCCUGGCUCGCCGAACGAGCCGUCUCAGUCGCUCCGUCCUGGAGAAUCUGCACUCCCGCUGCCGCCUAUCGCCUCGCUUGACUUCGAAUCAACUGCACGUCGACCUGUCGCACCGACUUCUCAGCAGCAUGUUGCGUCUGGCUCUCGCCUCCCCCCAUCCACUGCACAACAACCUCAACGUGCGGCCUCGGCCUCACACACCGCACGGGGAUUUAGACACGGACUCUCCGACCCCAGGGGGUAUCAGGACGGAUUGGUUGGCUGGCAGGAUCGACACAGAACUAAAGAUCUACUGUCGGACCAGGUCCGCUAUCUGAAAGAGCGGUGCCGAGAGCAGUGGAGACAUAUCGAGGAGCUUGAAAGGGACAAGAGCGACAUUCGGGAACUAUGCGAUCGCAGAAACGCAGAGCUUAGGGCGCAGAUCGAUGCUCUCAAGGCUCAGCUCGCGGACGCACAGCGGCACGAGCAAGAAGCACAUCGAGCAAUGCUUGAGGCGCGGCUGGCAGCAGAAGAGCACGAACACGCAGCGCAACAAGCGCUGCGUGACCUGGGCGAGGCCCGAGAAGAGAUUGCAGCAGGACGACUCCGAGAGGAAGACUAUCAAACCGCCAACCUACGUCUCGCUGCCGACUAUCGCCGUCCCCAUGCCAACCUGAACACCUCCCGGGAUCGCACCUUUCGACCCGGAGAAUUGUCUUCAUCUCCCGACGACGGGUUGGUGCCAACAACGCCGGUCGAAGCCACUACCCCAAGACAGCGCUCGCCUAUCCCUGCUCGUGUUCGCCCGAGGCGCACUCGCAAUCCUUCGCGCGUGAUGCCUCCGUCUUCGCCAGGUCAAUCUUCGCCUACCCCCGCGCCGUCAUCGUCCUCUCGCCCUCGCUUGCGCGUGAGCGUACGUUCGGCCUACCAGAGCGGCAACCCUGUGGUCGUGUACAGCAGUCGACUGACGAGGCAGGACGUCGAGGAGGAUGCAGUUGCGACCUUCGAUGGUGAAGAGGUCUCCGACAGCGAGAAGGACCGGAACGAGGAGGCGAGCGCGGAAGAUGAUGACCUCGCCGACCUCGUCAGGAAAGAAGCAACGACGCCCGUCCUCCACUCUCGCGCUCGGUCUAACAGCCGGUCCGCUUGA